AUGUCGUAUACAGGGUUUGGAAUUUUCGUAAAUCGUUUGCUUGUUAACAAAGAAAAGCGUAGGAGGCUUCCUCAACCGAAUUUGGAACAUGUAAUUGGAGCUCAAUUGAAAUUCAUUCAAUCAAGACGCAAUCAUUUUGAAGCUUGGCGAAAAAGAAGUACAAUGUUAUGCAACGAAGAAAAGCAUAGAGCAAUUGAUGAUUAA